CAUAUGAGUGGUAGCCCACACAGACAGACAUCAAACUUCUUUCCAAGACACCAAAGCUUUUCCCUUUCUCUCUCUUUUCUUUCAUCUUUUUCUCUCUCCACACAUUUUAGGCGAAGGAGCUCUCACACAUUGCGCACUUUUAUCUCUCCCAACAGUGGAAGUGCUCUUCUUUUUUUUCCAUUCUGCUAAAGCAAAGUCCGCCCAAAGUUCUGAUCUUUGUGACUCUCUCUCUCUAUCUCUAUCUCUUCUCAGGUUGGGCUGAUAAAUUUUUUCAUUCCGGUAAAGCAUCCAUGUUGCUUAGUUGUGAUUUCUGUGUUUGGUUAAUUGUAGAAAUAAUCUUGCUUUGAUGGACUUGGAGAUGGAAAUUAUUGGGACUGUCAAUGGAGGGAGUCAGGUGGUGAAAGUGGGGGCUGAAUGAUGGGUUUGUUGAGUUCAAUCCGUUUAACAAGUUUCAUUCAUGUCGAUGGCCUCAAAAUCUGGUGCAAGAACUUCCCCAGAAAAUCAGAGGAAAGUAGGUGCUAGUCAAACAACUGAAGGAAACUUUCGCAGGCCUGCUCCAUUGCAGAUUACAAAGACAAGCAAAUCAGAGCCAGUUACCCCAAGAAAAUUACCCAAGAGUGGGCAGCAAGUUGCAGUAAAGCAGGUUUCUGUCCAAAUCACAGAGGACAACAAAAAGUUGCCAGUGUUUCAGCAAAAGGAUUCAUACAAUUCUUUAGCAAGCAAGUUAGACUCAAGUUUAGCACUUGCUGAUCCAAAGCAAGUGCCAGCUAAUGUGGUUCCUGUGGUGAUUGGGACUAAGAAUCUGACAGAAGGCAGUGGUGAUCAAGAAAAGAAAACAUCAGAGCAUGGUGUCAGCCCAGCUUCAGCAAAGGUCAGUGAUGGGGCUAGCAGUCUUACUAAGACUAGUGGAAGUGCCAAAAUUAGUGACCGGGCCGAUUUUGUUGAAAGUGGGAAGAGUAGUAUUUGUAGAGGUAGCACAAGCAGCGAUGUGAGUGAUGAAAGUACUUGUAGCAGCUUAAGUAGCAGUAUAAACAAACCUCACAAAGCAAAUGACAUACGAUGGGAAGCCAUCCAGGCUGUCCGAGCAAAAGAUGGUGUAUUGAAUUUCAGCCAUUUCAGACUUUUAAAGAAGUUGGGCUGUGGGGAUAUUGGAAGUGUAUAUCUUUCUGAGUUGAGUGGAACAAAAUGUUAUUUUGCGAUGAAAGUGAUGGAUAAAGCAUCUUUAGCCAGCCGUAAGAAAUUGCUCAGGGCUCAGACAGAGAGAGAAAUACUACAAUCUUUGGAUCAUCCCUUCCUUCCUACUCUAUAUACUCAUUUUGAGACGGAAAAGUUUUCAUGCUUGGUGAUGGAGUUUUGUCCUGGAGGUGACUUACACACACUUCGGCAGAGGCAACCAGGGAAGCAUUUUACUGAACAAGCUGUAAAGUUCUAUGUUGCUGAGAUUCUCCUUGCUCUGGAAUAUCUCCACAUGCUUGGGAUUGUAUACCGUGACCUCAAACCAGAAAAUGUCCUUGUGAGGGAUGAUGGACACAUAAUGCUUUCUGACUUUGACCUUUCUUUGCGUUGUGCUGUCAGCCCAACACUAGUAAAAUCUUCAGCACCUGAGUCUGACCCCUUGCGUAAGAACCCAGUUUUUUGUGUACAACCUGCUUGCAUUGAGCCCUCUUGUAUUCAGCCAUCUUGCGUGGUGCCUACAACAUGCUUUGGUCCUCGUUUCUUUUCAAGUAAAUCCAAGAAGGAGCGGAAACCCAAGAAUGAAAUGGGCAACCAAGUCAGCCCACUGCCAGAGCUAAUUGCGGAGCCAACCAAUGCACGCUCAAUGUCAUUUGUUGGAACUCAUGAGUAUUUGGCACCUGAAAUUAUCAAAGGUGAAGGGCAUGGCAGUGCUGUUGAUUGGUGGACUUUCGGUAUCUUUCUAUAUGAACUAUUGUUUGGUAAGACCCCUUUCAAGGGAUCAGGGAAUCGAGCGACCCUUUUUAAUGUUGUGGGUCAGCCAUUACGAUUUCCAGAGGCACCAAUGGUUAGCUUCUCAGCACGGGAUUUGAUAAGGGGGUUGCUAGUGAAGGAACCACAGCACAGAUUGGCAUACAAGAGGGGAGCAACGGAGAUUAAACAACAUCCCUUCUUUGAAGGCAUAAAUUGGGCUUUGAUUCGAUGUGCGAGUCCACCAGAUGUGCCAAAAGCCGUUGAGCUCGAGCGAAUCUCAGCCCCAUCUGUUUCAACUGGUGACAAAGCUACUGGUGGUCGUGGUGCUGCUGCUCCUGAUCAAAACAAUUAUCUGGAGUUUGAUUUCUUUUAAUUGUACGCGAAACUAAUUAUGCUAUUUGUUUUUUGCUUGAAGAAGAUGUAGAGUUCCUGAAAUGUUGAUUAUGUGAAAGUUAGGCUUUUCUUUUCUUUUUUUUUUUCUUUUUUUUUUUUAAUUUUAAAUGUUGAUAAUGAUCAUAUGUUUGAUGUUGUUAUGAUACAUUAUCAUAUUUGUAUUGAAGAAGCUGAAAUGUUAAUGCUGUAUCCAAAAUGUGGAUCAUAUUGAUAAUUAUGGAAGAGCAUAUAUUUCUAUC